AUGGGUGUGUUCUCCCUCCCCACUAGUCUCACUGAUGAGAUGGAGCGUCUUAUGAACACGUUUUGGUGGGGGAAUAAAGGCGGUGCUGGUCGUGGAAUUAAUUGGAUGAUAUGGGAGCGUUUGUGCGUCGAUAAAAAGCUUGGAGGUAUAGGGUUUCGUAGCAUGCAGCUGCUAAACAUUGCAUUGUUGGGGAAAAUGGGUUGGAGAUUGCUACAUGAACCAGAUGCUCUUGUUUGCAAGGUUUUAAAAGCUAAGUAUUUCCCAAAAUCUGAUUUUCUUAAUGCUAAAAUUGGGCAUAGUCCGAGCUUCUCUUGGAUGAGUAUUAUGUCGGCCCAAGAUUUGGUUAGACGUGGUGUUCGAUGGUGGGUUGGUGAUGGUUCUCAAAUUCGGGUUUUUGCUGAUCCUUGGUUGAGAAGAGAUGACUCUUUUCAUAUUGUUUCACCUUGUCCGCCGGGGUUUGCUGGGCUUAAAGUGGCUGAACUAUAUUUUCCUAUUUCUCGGCAAUGGGAUCUUGCUUUUAUGGAGACUAUUCUUGGUGAAGAUGACAUUCGUGAGAUCCGUAGCAUCUCUAUUCUGCCUCAUGGAGACUUGCCGAAUGGGGAGAUUGCUGCAAAUAUUUGCAUGUUAUUAUGGCAACUUUGGAAAGAGAGGAACGUGGUGGUUUGGAAGAAUUCUUCCCCGACGCCGUCGCUCACGGUGGUUAGAGCUGUGGAUAACAGGAAAGAGUGGAUGGAAGUUAGGAAACGUCCACUGCAGUUCAGUGCGCUUAAUGCAGCAGCUGCUGCUGCAUGUGUGGGAUGGCAUAAUGUUCCAUAUGGGUCGAUUGUUUGCUAUAUGGACGCUGCAUUUUUCAAUGAUAUUCACAUUUGGGGCAUUGGUAUGGCAGUCCGUGAUCAUGUUGGGGAUUUCAUUAUUGGUCUUUCCAUUAAGCUCCCGGGUAGUUGUCGCGUUGAAGAGGGUGAGUUGAUAGGGAUCAAGGAAGCCUUGUCUUGGAUCAAGAAUUUAAGUUUUGAUUGUGGUUUUGUAGAGGUCGAUUGUAGGAGAGCUUGCGACUUGGUCAACUUUGGCGAUAAUAACAUUUUGGAGAUGGGCAUUAUUGCGGAUUGUUGUCGUCGGAUUUUGGUUGAGUUGUCGGGUGUCAAGCUCCGUCAUAUUAAAAGGGAUCGGAAUAUGUUAGCUCAUUGUUUAGAUAAAGCUGCGAGAGAUAUUAAUUCAUAUCAUGUUUGGAAUGAACCUCCGUUAUCUGUGUUUCUUGGUGGUUCCGCCUCCCCUCAUGAUCUGCACGAUCUGAUUUCAGUUCUUCGGUUCCUCUUCUCUUAUAUUUUGAAACUGAAAUUGCCUAUGUAUUGUCGCCAGUUUGAUAUCUGA